CAUGAAACAGUUACGCUAAAAAAGCUUAUUGUUUUAAUAAAACUUUCAGAGAAUUCAGCUUUGCCAGAAAUCCACACAGUGCUGCCAAUUUUACGAAAGUACAGUUCACCAACAGAAAAAAAUACUACUGUUGCAAUUUUCGCUAUCAUUAUUUUU